UGUCUUAAUUUCUCGUCUUAAAAUUGUACUAGAUUAUUACAGUCGAGUGCGAAGCAAUUCCACGUCUUCCACUAAUGGAGAACGAAAUUCCUAGUUCUAGCCCAUCUCGCCAUCCCACCGAUCGUAUCAAGCUCAAUGUUGGAGGCAAGCUCUUCGAGACAACCAUAUCCACGAUGCAAUCCGGCGGUCCUGACUCCCUCUUAGCCGCCCUGUCCAGCCGCCACACUCAAGACCCUGUUUUCAUUGACCGUGACCCGGAGAUUUUCUCCGUUCUCCUUUCUCUGCUUCGUUCCGGCCGCAUACCUUCUACUGCUCAACGCUUCUCCAAGCAAGAGCUCGCCGAUGAGGCUCUCUACUAUGGCAUCGAGUCGCAGCUCCGAUUUGCGAUGUCUCCGCCUCCUCUAUCUGGAAUCGACGCCUCCCUUGUCACCACCAUCCACCCCGCUUCAGACGGCCUGCCCUCCACCUUCACUGCUGCAGCUGGAGAUGGCUCCAUCUGGAUAGCACACGGAGGCCAAAUAUCAGCUUAUGAUUGGAACCUCAGCCACACUGGCACCAUCCGUACGCAUCUUGAUGAUAUCACCUCCAUACGCCGAAUCUUGCCGGAUGUUGCCACCGUCGGAUCAAACUCCGCUGCUGGACUCCAUUUUUAUGAUUUUUGUAGCGCUAGUCACCUCGGGUCAACUCACUGGACUGACUCAUCGGAUCCUAGAAUAUAUAAAGCCCGGGUAACUUCAAUCGCUGACUCAUCGAAUCAGGUUUUUGCUUCCUUCGAUUGUCAACACAGAGAGAAUUGCAUACUAGUAAUAGAUAAAUCAACACUCCAGAUUGUCUCCGAAAUUGCGAGACAAUCUGGGAGCUCAGCGAAGACUAUGGUCCCCGGGAAGCUAACUUGGCUUCCCGAUACCGGUGUGAUAAUCGGAACCGCGGUCACAAGUGGGGCGUUUGGGUACUCGGGAUACAUCAGAAUAUGGGACCCAAGGGCUAAUGGAGCGGUGAUUUGGGAGACGAGCGAGCCUGGUUCUGGCCGGAGCAGCAGAUUUGGUGAUUCAUUCGCGGACGUCGAUGUCGACGUUGAGGGCUCGAAUUUGUUCAAGAUCUGUUCCAAAUCUGGGGAUUUAGCAAUGGCAGAUUUACGCAAUUUAGGGGAUGAUCCUUGGGUUUAUCUGAAAGAUAAAAACCCAAUGAUGAGAUACACUGGUGGCGCAGUAGAUAGUGUGAUACAUUGCUAUAGAAGUCAGGUUUUUGUGGGAAGAGAAGGGGCUCUGGAGGUUUGGUCAAGGGUGAUUGAGAAGGAAAAUGGAAUAGAUACAGAGAAUGUGAUAGGUGAGGAGUUGUAUAGAAGGAAUUUUGUGGAUAAAUUGGAGGAUUCAGAGAGAGGGAUAAUCAAGAAAAUUGAAGGGGGAGGGAAUAGGCUGUUUGUUAGCAGGGAAGAUGUUGAGGGUAUUGAGGUGUGGGAAAGCUCUCAUUUAUCUGGUGCAGUUUCAGUUGUGUGAUCCAGAUUUUGGCUUAUUUGUUGUGGGAAUCUGGCCUUCAACAAGCAUUUGUCUUCUUGAUUUUGUUGUAAAGUGCAUAUGAAUUGAACCAACCUCGAUUGGACGAUCUUUAAUCAAUUCAGUUCAUUGAAUUCUUCAAGCUUCUUGGGUAGUUUCUCAUUACAAGUUUCCUAGUUUUUAAUGAACUGCUCCCCCUUCAAUCUUCAUUUGAUUUUAGUUUAAAUCUCCUCAAUCAUUUGUUGAAGACAAGAAUGUUCACCCUUCAUCAGAAUUGAGCUUUUCAUUUCCUGAGGAUUCAGAGGAUCCUAUUCAGGAUAACUGUAAUGAUAGGCAGACAUGGUAUGAUUUUUCAAAUUACAGUUUCCUUGACAAGGCUGCACUUACAUCGCCAUGACAAAAUCUCAAAAGAGCUAGAAAAAAACCGAUGGAAACUCUGGAGGGUGACCAAGUCCAUGAAGAUAAACUAGUUUCAAGUAUGCUUUCCAUGUGGCCGACCUUUAUUGUUCGUGUUGUUUUAUUUUCCAUCAGAAACACUUGGUUUGUGGAGCAUGCAAGUUUUGAGCAUGCUUUCCCAUGUGGAUAACCUUUAUUGUUUGUGGAGUUGUAUCUUCCACCGGAAAAACCUUAUUUAUGGAGCAUCCGAUCAAUGCAGAUCUGGAGUUUUGGGGGUGGAAAGUUCUUGUCCCCAUGUUUA